CCCGUCAGUCACCCGCGGGGUGGGCGGGGCCGCGGGCGGUGGCGUUGCCCGGUAACGGCCGCCCCGGGCAAUGGCGGCGGCGGGGCCGCCCCGCGGUGAGGGGGAAGCGGGGAUUUGUACCUGGCAAUAUAAAGUCGUGGGAACUGCCGGCAAAGCUGCUUAGGACUGUGUUGAAAAUGCUGGGAGAGAAAAAGCAGUUAAUGGUGAAAAGAGAUCUUUACACUGACCCCACGUUUCCGGCCAGUGAUACCUCUAUAUUUUUUGAUUAUUGUACCCCACUUGCCCAGUUCAGAGGCGAGAUAUCUUGGUUGAGACCUAAGGACAUUUGUUCUUCUCCUCGAUUAUUUUCAAACAAUGUGCAGGAUGUGCAAGUGAAACAAGGAAUUUUGGGAGACUGUUGGUUCCUGUGUGCCUGUGUGGCUUUGCAGAAGAGUAAAUACCUACUGAACAAGGUGAUCCCUCCAGGUCAGCCCAGCUGGACAGAUGAGUCCUACCAAGGCUGUUUCACCUGUCGGGUCUGGCAGUUUGGGCACUGGGUGGAAGUGACCAUCGACGAUCGCUUGCCUUGCCUUGGGGGUAAACUCUGCUUUUCCCAGUGUCAGACAGAGGAUUUGUUUUGGCUUCCACUCUUGGAAAAAGCUUAUGCAAAAGUGCAUGGAUCUUACGAGCAGUUGUGGGCAGGACAGGUGGCUGAUGCUUUGGUUGAUCUGACUGGAGGAAUUGCUGAAAGAUGGACCCUGAAAGACCCUGGAAAAAACAUGGAGAAAGAGAAGACUGGCAUGGUUUUGGAGAAAGCAGUAUUUAGAAGAUUGAUGAAUCUGAAGGAACAGUGUGUAAUAAGCUGCUCAGUCCUCAAUUCCAGACAAGGUGCAAGUGAACUAGGAGAAUUUCAUGCCUUUAUCGUGAUAGAUACAUUGAAUCUCUUUGAAGUGUCAGGCAAGGAGAUCUUCCUGCUACGAAUUCGAAAUCCUUGGGGGAGGCGGUGCUGGAAAGGGCCCUGGUGUGAGGGUGGGCAAGGAUGGAGCCAGUUAGAUCCAGUAGUUGCUUCAGAACUGCUCUCACAGAUCCAAGAGGGAGAAUUCUGGGUUGAUGAAGAGGAAUUUUUCAGGGAAUUUGAUGAGAUUACCAUGGGCUUUCCAGUCAAUGAGGAAGGACAACUUCAGAGCCUCUAUACAGAGAAAGUGCUGUAUCACUCACAGAAUCUUUUUGGAUCCUGGGUGAGAGGCCAGUCUGCUGGUGGCUGCCGUAACAACAGCAGCUUCCCUACCAACCCCAAGUUCUGGCUGAGAGUCUGUGAAACGAGUGAGGUGUGCAUUGCUCUGCUGCAGAAACACAGGAAAUACAGCACUGACUGGGCUGGAAGGAUUCAAAAUCCAACUCAUUUAGCAAAGGAAAAUCCAUCUUUGACUGAAGGCAUACAGGGGAAAAACUACCAGGCUGUGGGAUUGCAUGUCUGGAAGGUGGAGAAGAAACGAUUUAACCUUCCAAAGACCCUCUCUGCUCCUCCAGUUGUAGGUACCCUCUGCCAUUCCUACGACAGAGAAGUCCAUGUGUGCUGUGACCUUUCACCUGGCUUUUAUCUUGUUGUUCCCAGCACUUUUCUGAAAGAUGCAGUAGGGAAUUUCUUGCUUCGUGUAUUUUCAACGGGAAGAAUCUCUCUCAGUGAGCUAAAGCCAGCACCCACAGAUGCUGCCCUCUGCGAAGAACUCCCAGCUGGUGAAUGGGAGACAGUGCAGCUGCAUGGAUGCUGGAAAAAUGGGCAAAGUGCUGGAGGUAGCAGGAACUUCCCCUCCUUCCAUACCAAUCCCUGCUUUCCCCUCUCCAUUCCUGCAGGACCAGGAAAAAGCAGUGUGAAAGUUACCCUCCGUCAGCACUGCCAGGAUAACAAGUGUCGUCCAAUAGGUUUCCAUAUUUUCCAGGUGCCUAACAGCAGCUGGAAACCACAAACUACUUCUUUUCUACACCUGGAGCCACUGGUGAGCUGUGUUCCUCAUUGCUAUUCGCAGGAAGUGAGCCGACUCUGCAGGCUUCCUGCAGGACGCUAUGUCAUUAUACCUUCUACGUACUUGCCCAAUACAGAAGGCAAUUUUACAGUGGUCAUAGCAACCAAAAUAGACAGGAAGCGCAUUCAAAGUCAGGAGACACUUGGACAAGUAUUGCAAGAGGUAGGACAUACCUCAAGAACCAUCAAAAUACACUGGAGUAAAGAAAGUCCAGGCUUGUAUCUGACACUGCCAGUCCUGCUGCUGAGCACUUUACCUCGGGCCCUUUAUGGAACCAUGCAAAUGGUGUGUUGAAAGGAGAGAUUUUUUUGGUGAGUUUUUCUUUAAUGAGCACCAGAAAGGAAGAAGACAGGACUUGAAAACUUUUGAACUAUCCUGUCAGACUGCUUUUGUAAAUCUGUAAGAAGGUGUUUUAUGCAAGAUCUACCCUCACUGUAAGAAAUAUCAAGUUUAAGAGAUUUUUCUUAAUUUAUGACUGAAAGUAUUUCUUAUUCAAGCAGGAUUUUUUAAAUGUUAUAUUUUCCUCAAUAAAAAUAAAGUAAAAUGGCUUUUAUUAAAAUGUCAGUGAUGUUGAGUUUGCAUUUGUUCUGCGGUAGCAAACUUUACAAUCUGUUAGAAACCUGGAGUUUUCACCAAAUGGAAGAGAAAUAUGUUUAGAAAUAUUGAAAAUUGGAAAUAUUUGAGAGGAGAAUCAAGUCUUCCAUUAGUUUUAUGUCUGAGAAAUUUGUAAUAUUCUACUUCCGCUUUUAACUAUAUCCUGCCAUAAUUUAUGUUGGCUCCUGUUGAACUUUGAAAACUGAAAGCUUUUAGGAUGCUUGCAGCUGAAUUUUAAAUGCUCAAAACCUUCCACAUCUGUUUAUGUGGAGAAAGGAGAAAACACCCUGAGUAAUAAAUCAGUACCGUGCUUGCUUUA